UUCCUCCACUGAGAAAAGUAGAGUUGAUCUGUCACAUAAGCGUCGUAGCCCCCUCUCUCAUAUCUUCUUCCCCGUCCUUUUGUUAUCCCAGAAGAUCCGUUUUAGUGGAAAGCGAAGACAUCAACCCUCUCUUUUAACCUCUCAUCCUCUUAAACCCUUCUCCUCCCUCGGUGAGGAGAGGAAUGCAAAAGGAGUGACUCGAGGCUUCUAAACGUUUUUUUUGUCCUUGCAGGAGGUAAUUUAAAAGACACCUUCAAGCGCCUAAUGCAGCAAAGAGAAGAAGACGAACCCAUUUUUAUGAUAGCGUUUUUUGUGGACUUAAGUAGAAAAGUACAUUUCAAAAAAGCUGACAGCACGUCUAGGGAAGUAGAACUUCGAGCUUGUCAUGCUCGAAGGUAUUUUUGAAUGUUCGGAGCGAUAUCAGCGGGCACCUUUGCGUGAAACACGACUUUUCCUUGGGACUGCAUUUUGACAUUUGGAAUAUAUCGGAGGAAAGUGACGGCGACUCUUAUAACACCUUGCGCAUUUUUUUGGCAAGCAAUUAGCCAACCAAUCGACUUCAGCUGGGCAAGUGAAGACGUCAUGACAACGACUACGCAUUGAGAAUGAAGGGCACAAAGUUCUACAUUGCCAAAAUUACAAGCAUCCGCGCUCCGUCUGAUCGUUCAUUAGUAUUUUUUUUCGAGCGGAAGCCAAUCUCUGCAUUUUGGAUGCGUAAAAGUGGACCGGCUGCUCCAGAGUAAUGCACAAAUACAGAAGGACCGACCGUAGUCCGUGUCUUAUUCAAAAGAGUGGAGAAAAGGGAAAGGUGUUUUAAAUACGCUUUCUAAAACCCAAAAAGUUCGGUCAGAGGUUCGGAGAAUCGCUUUUGACCGAGAGGGGGAUGAGAGCACGCGAUCUCCUCGAAGUAAUCGUUUGGCUGCAGCGGUGAGAAGAGAAGAGAAGAGAGAGGUUGGAUUAUUCGAAAACUGCAACAUCCUGCGCAGGUCAAGAUUCUGUCAUUGGCAUCCCUUUGGAGACUGAGCGUGUACCUCUCACAUCGCAGGUCCCAGCGGAGAGGAGAGUGAUGAAGAUGUCACUCUUUCUCCUCCUCAUCCUUGACCUCCUUGCCUCAGGAGCCAGCGAUGACGUCAAGUACAUCUCCAAGCGGAAUUCUGUUGAUGGGUGCAUCGACUGGUCAGUCGAUCUGAAGGAGUACCAUGUUCUGGCCGGUGAGCCAGCAAGGGUGAAAUGUGCCUUGUUCUACAGCUACAUCCGGACCAACUACACCAUGGCCACAAAUGCCAAACUGCGCCUCAUUUGGUACAAGAACAAAGGGGAUGCUGAGGAGCCCAUCAUCUUCUCAGGCCAUAGGCUGAGUAAAGAAGACGACUCCAUCUGGUUCAGGUCUGCCGAAAUGGAAGAUAAUGGUUUCUACACCUGUGUACUAAGGAACUCAACAUACUGCAUGAAGGUGUCUAUGUCCAUGACUGUGGAGGAGAGUGAUGAGGGGAAAUGCUUCAGCAGCAACAUCCGCUAUCUGGAGAAAGCAGAGAUUACCCACAGCAAAAUGAUCACAUGUCGUGACAUAGAUGACUAUUUGGCUCCAUACAAACAACCUCAAAUGACAUGGUACAAGGAGUGUGAGCGGGUCGAAUGGAGAAGUUCAAUUAUCGUCAACAAUACACACAUAUGGAUCCCAGAGGUAGAGGAGGAGGAUGGAGGAAACUACACCUGUGAGUUGCAGUAUGGAUCCAGACUGGUGCGGAGGACAACACAGCUCAAAGUCACAGCUCUCCAGACCACCCAGCCACCAAAAGUCCUUUUCCCCCCAGAGGGACAAGACACGGGGAUAGAGACCACACCCGGAAUGCCUCUCAGUCUGGACUGCAAGGCUUUUUUUGGCUACAGUGGAGAAAACAGGAGACCGAUCAUCUACUGGAUGAAAGGAGAGAAGUUUGUUGAAGAGCUUGCAGGACACAUUAAAGAAAGUGAUGUCAGGAUUUUAAGGGAGCAUUUGGGGGAAAAGGAAGUUGAGCUGUCCUUAACCUUUGACGCUAUCGAGGAGACUGACCUGGCUAAUUACACCUGCUACGUGGAGAACCACAUAGGGCGGCGCCGUGGGAGUGCUACACUUCAGAAAAAAGAUAUGUAUCGUUUGGAGUUGGCUGGUGGUCUGGGUGUCAUAUUAUUGCUGCUAGGAGUACUCACUGCCCUUUAUAAGUGCUACAACCUGGAACUUAUGCUAUGCUACAGGAGACAUUUUGGCAGUGAUGAAACAGAAGAUGAUAAUAAGGAGUAUGACGCUUAUCUAUCUUAUACCAAAGUGGAUCUGGACUCUUUGGGCAGAACAAGCAGUGACGAGGAAACCUUUGCUUUGGAGAUCUUGCCUGACGUCUUGGAGAAGCACUAUGGAUACAAGCUGUUUCUUCCAGACAGAGAUCUCAUUCCGAGCAGUACAUACAUUGAGGACCUAGCUCGUAGUGUGCUGCAGAGCAGACGGUUGAUCAUCGUUUUAACACCAGAGUUUGUGGCCAAGCGAGGUUGGAGCAUCUUUCAGAUAGAAACACGCCUACACUCCAUACUGGUCACUGGGGAAAUCAAGGUAAUCAUGAUUGAAUGUGCUGAUUUGAGGAGUGUGAUCAACUACCAAGAGGUGGAAGCACUUAAACAUACAAUCAAGGUUUUAUCCAUCAUCAAAUGGAGGGGUCCAAAGAACAAUGAACUGUCAUCGAAGUUUUGGAAACAGGUGGUCUAUGAGAUGCCUGCUAAGCGAAGAGAGACUGUAUCCAGACGUCAGGUGAUGGACUCGGGUGAGCAGGGGCUCUUUGGAGACCUACAAACAUCCGUCUCCACCAUUGCCAUGACAACCACCUCAGCAUCUCUGGUGCCUCCAAAUGAGAAUCGGCACGGACAUCAUCAGGUUCCCUUGGCAACAGAGAUCCCGGACUACAACCAGAUGACCUUGCCUCUUGGAGGGGGUCACAUGGCUACCGCAGCCCAAAUGAGGCAUUUUUGCCGUAGCUACGAGUUUCAUCUUCCCCCACAGCCACCUGCCCUGUCGCCCCCUCUCCCACCUCCAUCCACCAUGCAGUUCUCCACUCUGGGCCCUGGGGGACGCCAUGUCUACUGUAACAUCCCCAUGACAAUUCUGAAUGGACAGGGGUUCAGGGCAGUUGACUGGGGAAGAAGAGAUAUCACAGAGCAGCACACUUGGAAAGAAGCCCAAUCUUCCCCUGAACAGCACCUUUGUCCCACUCACCAGCAGAGAACUAAGCUCUGAUAUCUGGUAGAAACUUUGGACAGGAACUGUGCUGAUUCUGGAUUAAAGACUACUGGUUUACAAAGAAAUUCUCAUUGACUUGGGACAAAUGUUUCUUGGACCUUCUGCAGACACGGGUUGGGGUUUCUUCAAUCCAUUCCGUGAACAAAAACUGCUCACUUAUUCUAAAACGUGUGGACCGGACGAGAUCUGGACUGCUUCUCGACCAACCUAAACUGAUUGAUUAAACUGAUUGUAUAUUU